GUUGCGGAAAAAAGAAAACUCUUUUCAAUCAAGAAAGAUGCGAACAAGAAGAAUCGCUGCUGUUGCUUUGAUUUUCAGCCCAACAACGACAGCACGUAAUUAUGGAAAAGGUAACCCGUUUGUCCAUCAUCAUACACUCUUGUUUCAUACUACCCAAUUUUCAACGAACCCUAAUCCCACUGAUGUCAUUGCAAUCACGAACCGGCAGCAACUACAGAAGUUGUUGCUGGAGAAAUCUAAAACGGGUUUUCACAAGCUCGACCAUGCUCUUAGUUUGUUCCGUCAAAUGGCCCGAGUUCAUCCUCCGCCUUCUGUCGUCCAUUUUAAUCAGCUGUUAACUGCUGUUGCCAAGAUGAAGGAAUAUUCAUCCAUCAUUUCUCUGUAUAAAGAAAUCCGCGAGUUGGGCAUUCCAAUUGAUGAAUAUACGCUGACUAUUUUGAUCAAUUGUUGUUGCCGCUUGAAUCAAGUGGAUUUUGGAUUUGCUAUCUUGGGUAUCUUCUAUAAGUGUGGUUAUACUCCAAAUGUGGCUACCUUCACCACUCUGAUAAAUGGGUAUAUUUUAGAAGGCAAGACUUCUGAGGCUGUGAAUUUGUUCGUAAGGUUGAUAAAAUAUGGAGACAUCGAACCUAAUGAAAUCACCUAUGGGACGAUCAUAAAGGGGCUUUGUAAAGUAGGAGACACUACAAUGGCUAUACGUUUGCUGAGGAGUAUGCAGAAAUGGAACUAUAGGCCCACUGUUGUGAUGUAUAACACAAUCAUCGACACCCUUAGUAAGGACGGGAAUUUAGAUGAUGCUUUCCAGCUCUUAUUGGAGAUGAGAGGCUAUGAUAUUAUGCCUAAUGUGGUGACCUACAGCUCUUUGGUUGAUGGCUUCUGCAAAUCAGGUCGAGGGAAGGAUGCCGCAAUAAUAUUGAGUGACAUGACGGAGCAAAACAUUUUCCCUAAUGUUGUGACCUUCAAUAUGUUGAUAGAUGCACUUUGCAAGGAGGGAAGGACUGAAGAAGCGGAGGGCAUACUCCAGAUCAUGAUUCGAAGAGGUGUGAAACCCAAUGUUGUCACUUAUAGUGUAUUGAUGGACGGAUAUUGUUUGCAAGGCCAAAUAAAGAAAGCAAAAGAAGUGUUGAACUCCCUUGUUGAUAAGGGCCUUGAGCCUAAUAGCCAUAGCUAUAAUAUUUUAAUCAAUGGUUUCUUCAAUAAGAUGAAUAUAGACGAGGCCAUGGAUCUCUUUAGAGAAAUGCCUCGUAAAGGGUUAAAACCUGCUACUGAUACUUACAACUCUAUGUUAAAGGGGUUGUUACACAUAGGGAGAUGUGAUGCAGCAGAUCAUAUGUUUUACGAGAUGAUGUGUAGCGGUCAAACUCCUGACAUUCUAACUUACUCAAUCUUAUUAGACGGAUUCUUUAAGAACAAAAAAAUUGGCAAGGCAGUAGAGGUGUUUCGUUCAAUGCAAGAUCAAGGAAUAGUUCCUAAUAUUGUUAUUUAUAGUGUCAUCAUUAAUGGCAUGUGCAAAGCAGGGAAGAUUGAAGAUGCUCGAAAAGUUUUUAGUACCUUCUUAGCUAAAGGUUUGAAACCCGAUGUUAAGAUUUACACAACAUUGAUUAGUGGACUUUGUAAGGCGGCCUUGGUAGAUGAAGCUGAGGAGUUACUUUUGCAAAUGGAGGGAGAUGGGUGCCCACCAAAUGAUGUGACUUACAAUAUUGUGGUCAGGGCAUUCCUGAAGAGAGGAGACAAACACAAGGUUAAGAUAUUUCUGCAAGAAAUAAUCAACAGGAAUUUCAAACCAGAUGUGUCUACCAUGUCCAUAUUAGUAGAUUUACUUGCCGCCGAGGGUGAGGAUAGCGAUUUUUUAAAAAUGAUCCAGAGUCUUCUGCCAAGGGAGGAUGGUAAGGCUGUGUCCCAAGCUUUAAGGGAAUGAUUUGAAGUUGUCAGAUUAUGGAUGCUUGUGCAAGUUAUGUUGAAGGAUUUUAUGAGGUUCUAUGUUUUCACCUUUAGGAGCAAGUUUCACCUUUAACAUGACAUUUGCCUUUUACUCGUAAUUUUGCUCGAGGUUAUACUAUGAUAUUGUGAUUUUAUAUUCUUGUGAUGUUGGUUUUUUUUAUAGAUGAUGCAUUUUUUUCCACUAGAAGGUCUUUUCUCUUGGUAAAACUUAUGUUAAGUUGUUAAAUAAUCAUCCUAAUGGGUAAACACAUGGAAAGCUAUUCAUGUGAAAUCACAAAUGGCAGUGAAAUCUAUAAUGAUGAACACAAACAAAUACUCCAUGAAUAAUUGAAUAUUUCAGUAUUUUAGUUUGGCGGCAGUUAUUGUUCAAAGUGUUACAAUACCUAUGUAAAUUGGUUGCACUUAUUUCUUUGAAUCUUCACUGAUAUUAGGCCUUAGUGAUUGAAAUUUCGUAAAGUUUCUCUGGAUUUUGAACUAAAAAACUCUCAAGCAAACAAAAAAAAGGGUCAUACCCAGUGCACGAAGCUCCCACAUAUGUGGGUUCUUUGAAUGAUUGAUGUAAGUAGCCUUACACUUGCAAGCAAAAAUAAGUUGUUAGAUUUGCCAUGAAAUGAGAUCAAACAGUUAUUUCUUGAUAAGUUGUUCAAUGAUACAGCAUUUGUUGCUAUGAUUCAUUUAGUUGAAUUGCCAUCAUUGUAGAACAAAUGUAUUACGUGAGAGCUAUAUAUGACAAUAUAGCAACUCUUAACUGGCAGGUUCAGGAAAAUGCGUGAAUUCACUUAGCCAUUGAACAUAAAAGUGUAGUCUCAGAAUUCACUUUCUUUCUUGUACUAAACAUUGUUGGGACGUUUGAAAACUAAGGCAAAAGUAUGCUACUGCCUACCAGUUAUACGUAUGAUUGAGCCUCGUGUUGGAC